AUGAGCGGCUCCCUCACCAACUACAUCGCCUACGUCGAGAACAGCACCACCAAUGUCUCGCGCAUUGGACAUCUGGAUGCGGCCAGCGGCACCAUCCAGCCCUUGUCCUUUGUGUCAGGCACGCCUCUGCGCGACCUCUACCAGGUCAUCGCCGCCGGAGAGGAGAACAUCAUCACCGGAGUAGGCGAGUCGCCCGUCGCGCUGGACGCCGUCAAGAUCCUCCCCGUCAUCAGCGGUCGAGACAUCCUGGCCGUGGGCAAGAACUACCCCGAGCACGCGACCGAGUUCAACCGGUCGGGCUACGACAGCUCCGACAAGGUCGACCAGCCCUCCCACCCGGUCAUCUUCACCAAACGCGCCACCUCCAUCAUCGCCCACGGCGAUCCCAUCCUGCCGCAUCCCGACUUCACCAAGACCCUCGACUACGAGGGCGAGGUGGGCGUCAUCAUUGGCAAGGCGGGCUUCCAGAUCCCCGAGGCUGAUGCCUGGGACUAUGUCUGGGGAUACACCAUCAUCAACGAUGUCACCGCGCGAGAGAAGCAGAGGGAUCACAAGCAAUUUUUCAUUGGCAAGUCGGCCGAUACCUUUGCCCCGAUUGGCCCCAUCGCUGUUCCCAGGAGCCAUCUCCCUCAGACUCUUCGCGUCCAGACGUUUGUCAAUGGACAACAGAGGCAGGAUGGCACGACCGAUCAGCUCAUCUUCUCGAUCCCCACGUUGAUCCACACCCUUUCCCAAGGCCAGACGCUUCAGCCCGGAGAUGUCAUUGCAACUGGAACGCCCGCUGGCGUCGGUUUCGGACAAAACCCGCCAACCUUCCUUCAGCCCGGGGAUGAAGUCGAGAUCCGAGUCACCGGCCUAGGCUCUUUGCGAAACAAGGUGGCGCCAGUCAACACGAGCAAUCCGACCCUCUCGACCCUGCAGAAAGCCUCACCGGUUCCCACGACCAACCUGGCCAAAUCGGUCAAUGGAGUCAGCCUCACCCCGAUCAACGGGAAGCCUCUGUAUUAUCAGACUCGAGGGAGCGGUCCUCCCAUUGUGUUUGUGCAUGGCUUGGGAGGCAGCUCCGAACACUACACGCCCCUGAUCUCCGCCCUCUCGCUCGACAAGUCGCAUACGGUACACCUGCUUGAUCUCGAGGGACACGGACUGUCUCCAACGUCCGCGCUCUCUCCGUUGAGCAUCGAGUCUUUUGCUGCCGAUGUCAAGGGCGUCUUUGACCAUGCGGGGAUUACAUCGUCGUCAGGCGCGACGCUGGUGGGCCACUCCAUGGGAUCCUUGAUCGCGCUGCAGUUUGUCCUACAGAACCCCGGUCUUGUCAAGAAGCUGAUCCUGCUGGGGCCGCCGCCGAACCCGCUCCCAGAGGCGGCCAGCAAAGGAUCCCUUGCUCGAGCCGCGCUGGCCCGGGAGAAGGGGAUGGUGGCGGUGGUGGACGCGGUGGCCACGGCGGCGACAUCAGAAGCGACCAAGACCAACAAUCCUGUUGCGAUGGCGGCCGUGCGACUGUCGCUCUUGAGCCAGGAUCCUGAGGCGUAUGCCAAGGCGUGCCAGGCUCUGGCAGGGGCCACGACGGCCUUCCCUCUGGAGCGAGUAGACAGCCAGACACUGAUCAUCACGGGCGACGAAGAUAAAGUCAGUCCGCCGGCCGUGGCAGCCAAGUACGCGAGCACGAUUCCCCAGAGCCAAGAAGCGAUCGUUCUGAAGGGGGUGGGCCACUGGCAUAUCUUUGAGGAUGUCCAGGGCGUGGCCAAUGCGGUCAAGAAUUUCAUCUAG